AUGAGUGCGUGGACCGAGGACGUUUUGUCCUGGCGCGAAGAGAGACUCGGCCUAACCGAGUUGCCGAGCACGACGCGAAGAAAACAACGUAGUGCGCCUUACAGAUUACAUCGGCCGCAUUUGCCUGUUCCACAUGUGACGGAACUUCCACCGGAGCCUGUAGGCACUCAUAUAUCGAGGUUGUAUCCGGAGUUACUCGCUCUUAUAUUCGAGCGAUUACCUGUAAGGGAUAGGGGGCGGGCAGCUCAAGUUUGCCGAUCGUGGAGAGAUGCUGCUGACCGUCGGUCGGUUUGGCGCGGCGUUGAAGCGGCUCUCCAUUUGCGAAGACCAGCUCCAGUGUUAUUUGCAUCGUUAGCAAGACGUGGAGUGAGAAAACUACAAGUUUUAUCACUUAGGCGAGGAUUGCGAGAUGCCGUCGCUGCGUUACCAGGACUUGAAUCACUAUCUCUAAGUGGUUGUUAUAGUGUUACAGACGCAGCGCUCGCCAGCGCUUUCGCAGCUGAAUUGCCAGCAUUAAGACGUUUAGAUCUCUCACUAUGUAAACAGGUGACAGAUUCGUCUUUAGGAAGGAUAGCUCAAUCGUUAAAAAACUUAGAAGAGUUAGAACUUGGGGGCUGCUGCAAUGUAACAGAUACGGGUUUGCUACUGAUUGCGUGGGGAUUAAGAAAACUGCGUCGCCUGAAUUUGCGAUCAUGCUGGCACGUUAAUGACGCUGGUAUCGCUCAUCUAUGUGGCGGUGGCGAAGCGAGAGGCACUCCCGAGCUAGAGCAUUUAGGACUACAAGACUGCCAAAGGUUAACAGACGAAGCUUUAAAACACGCAGCUACAGGUCUUCCCAAAUUAAAAUCUAUCAACUUAUCGUUCUGUGUUGCUGUAACGGAUGCUGGACUGAGGCAUUUAGCUAGACUUCCGCACUUAGAAGAUAUCAAUUUGAGGGCCUGCGACGGAGUUUCUGACACAGGUGUUGCACAUUUAGCGGAAAGCGGCCGACUAAAGGCAUUGGACGUUUCGUUUUGCGAUAAAGUCGGCGACGAGGCGCUAUUACAUGCAACGUUAGGCCUAUCUGGUCUACGUUCCUUGUCGUUAAGCGCUUGCAGAAUAUCCGAUGAAGGUUUAGAAAGAGUAGCCAGACUGUCGCAACUAGAAACCCUGAACAUUGGUCAGUGUCAUCGUGUAACCGAUAGAGGAUUACGGGCGCUUGGCGACGGGCUACAGAACUUAAAGGCCAUAGAUUUAUACGGUUGUACGUGUAUAACUCCUCAAGGAUUGGACCAUAUCGUAAAAUUACCAAGUCUCAGUGUGCUUAACCUCGGUCUGUGGCAUGUGCGGUGA